CUCUGCACCCUUUAUAAGCAGAGCCAGCCUCUCUUUGUUUCUUUGUCAUUUGCAAGUCUCUAGUUUCAUAAAGUGAGUUUCAUAAUCUAAAUCAAAAGGUUGAAUCAUGUUGCUAAGAAGCUCUUCAACACCAGUCAUUGGAUCCCUUCUUGCAUCAUUCUCAGCCGAGAGUCCACUUGGCAAUCACUUUGAGCCAAAACCAAGCUCAAUCCACAGCACACCCAAUAAGUUUUCAUUUCACACACCUGGGCCUCUCAACAUCUCACACAGUUCCUCACCGAUCUCUCCCUCCAUUGAUCUUUCCUCCGGGUUUCUCCGGAGGGCUCAGUCUGAUGGGAACUUGGAAGGUCUGGCAUAUGCUGCGUCUUGUGAGAAAAAUGAAGAUGAUCCCUUCUUCUGUGAUUUGUACCAACACAACAACUCGAGAUCCAGGGGCAUAACAUUGCAGACUAUACAGUCAUUUUCGACAUAUAACUCGGCUGAUUUGGGUGAAGAUGAUGAUGAAGAAGAUAGUGAUAGGGAAUAUGAUGAAGAGGAAGUAGAAGAGGUUGAGGCUAUUGGAGGUGAUAAUGUUGGUUUGGAAGAGAAGGUGAAGAAGGUGAGUUUAUCUGAGGAUAUGAUAACUAUGCAGAAAAUGUGGGGCGGGAGUUUUGAAGAACAGAGAGGUCAAGUAAGUCAAGAAAUGCAUCUUGCAAAGGGACUUGGGAUUGAUGGCGGAAGUGGCGGCGGCCGGGGCGGUCGUGAGGCUAAAUGGAAAAGCAGUGGUGGAGAUGGAGGUGACAACAACAAGGGUGUGGAGGAGCAUUACAAGAAGAUGGUGGAGGAACAUCCGGGAAACCCUUUGUUUCUAGGAAAUUAUGCUAAUUUCUUGUAUGAGACCAAGAGAGACCUUCCUUUAGCAGAGGAAUACUACUCGCGUUCGAUCCUAGCAGACCCGAAUGAUGGUGAAAUUUUGGCACAGUACGCCAAGGUUAUAUGGGAGUUGCACCAUGAUGAAGAUAGAGCCUUAAGCUACUAUGAACGAGCAGUCCAAGCUGCACCUCAAGACAGCUUUGUCCAUGCAGCAUAUGCUAGCUUCCUAUGGACAACAGAGGAAGACGAUGAAGAUGAAGAUGAAGCAGAUCGGCGACAAGAUCUUGGCGCCAUGUCGCCUUAUAUUCAUGGAGGAAUCAUGACUUCUGCAAGUGCCUAAGUAGAUUGCAGAAGUUUUGUAAUAGAGUAGACUGCGUUGUAAAUAUAUUAGUCUCGAGUGGGUGAAACCUGUUUAAAGAGGAAAUUUUCAGUGGAUGAAACCUGUUUAGAUGAGAAUAAUAAUUUGAUCAUAACCUAUUUAUAAACGCCUGAUCA